UUGGGACUAGAAUGCAGACUCUCUGUCUGGUACAUUGGCUAAUAAUGUUGGAAAGUUCCGCCAUAUCAUCGGAUUCGGUCGUCCACUAAAUCACUCAUGAACAAACGGACCAUCACCGGGAUUAUGACGCUGGCUGCUCAGAAGCUCUGCAAAUCCAAAAUGUUUAAUCCUCGAGACAUCAACCAGGCUCUCGCCGUACUGUCUCAGAGAUUCGGUCCCGACAUUUGCUUCGGUCACCUUAAUGUUGUCUCUUAUCUCGAAAAAGGAGUGGCUAGUCACCUGCGCGUGUGCUUCUCGAUGACCGAAGAUAGGUCGUGGGCAUUCACCGGUUAUCCAUCGGAGCCCUUUAUGUCUUGCGUUGCAGCAAUUCUACUCCACGGGACGUCCAGAAGUCUGACGGACGCUUUGGAAGUUUUGAAGGCGAAGGCUGACGACGGGAUGGUCGAAACAGGACAAUGCGGAGAGCUGGCCAGCAGACUUUUGCUACUUCUUGCCAAGGACAUGUACGUUCGCAGUAAUAUCUCCACAGGCACGAUCUCGGAUCUACACUAGAACGGAAGCGAGGAUGCGGAACUGAUACAACUGCCAGAAAGUCUCUGUCGUCAAUUUCCUGGAAUACCUUUUUGGCGAUGAGUUCUGGCCGAAGGCGGGUGAAAAGGCUAAGGCAGCUUUUCAGCAUGCCUAUAUCAAUUUUUCGCAUUGGGUGUCCAUGGAAAACUUUAUCUCGGCGAAAGAUUCCAAGUUAGCUAGCAUUGAGUCGUUGAGCGCUAGAUGCGACUCCAAAGAGUGGACUUUACGACACUAGCAUCGUACAAGUGCGGUGCAAUGCUGCCAUCUGCAGCCGCUCGUCGACAAGAUGAUUCCCAUCUAUUUUGACGAUCCUGCCCUUGGCUCCAAUGAUGC